AUGAAUGUAGCAGGCACUCUUGGAACCUUGGCUGAAACCCAAGCGGGACGCACAUGGAUGUUGGAGUCUCAUUGUAUCGAUCUAUUGAUUGAUCGAAUCACUACACUUCUCCGAUCAGACAACACGUGGACGGCGGGAAAUUCUGCCCUUGUAUUAGCCAGGCUGUCAAUUAGUGAGGACGGCUGCUAUCGUUUGCUCAAUCAUAAGAACUAUAAAACAAUCCUGGAAAAUUUGAUUAAUAGUCUCGGAUCAUCAGGUCGAGGGACAAACGCGGCAUUUGCGAUUGGACGUCUUUGCGACCAGAAAAUGGAACAGAAUGUCUUGGAAAACCAUGAUGGAUUAGAAAAAAUGGUCACGCAGCUGUACAAAAUGUUGAAUAGUGAUGACGUCAGAUGGAGUAAGAACGCCUGCUUCGCUAUCAGUUGUCUGGCAAACAAGAAAUGGGGUCAAGACAAAAUUCUUUCUUCGUAUUUUUGUUCCGAAAUUCUGUGUACUUUAGCCAGACUUUUAUUUGCCGAAGAUCAAGAAACCGGAUGGUUUUCUGCCGUGUGA